GUGCCGUGGUUCUAAUAAGUGUGGAUGAGAGACGAGAAGGAGGAGCCAGUAGUCAUUCCCAGGGGACCUUUCCUUUGCAGAUCACUGGGGAAUGGCUUACUAUUCUCAUGGGAGCUGAUAACUUGGAGAAGAUUAGUGAAGAUGCAGAUAUGAGAGUCCGUUUACGUCACCUUGAAUGUAUUGAUGCAUGUGAGAAGUUAGCCCUCACCUUCUAUGUUAAAUCCAACGGGGAGUGUCAGAAGUUCACAGUGGUUUCCACAAAAGGACCUCAUGAUGUUUAUGAAGUCGAGUAUGCAGGACAAAAUUUCUUCCAAAUCGAGUACUUCUCCAAUGGUAUCAUAGUAUUUUAUAAUAUACAUGUGGAUGGAAAUGGCAAGGUUACUCAUAUGACCUCUGUUGUUGCUAAGGAAGACAGUUUGAGUGAAGAACAGAAGAAGAAGUUUGAAGAGGUGACAGUGGCAUCCAAGAUUCCAAAGGAGAACAUAAGAAAUAUUAUUGAAACUG